UUCCGUUUCUUCGCCGCCGGCGGCGAAGCCGGCGACCAGCCAACCCCCGCCCUCCUCUCCUGCUUCGGAAUAUCUCCGCCAUGGCCUCCAGGUUUCUUCCUCUGGUGCGCCGCCGGUUCGCCAGCGUCCUGAACCAAUCGCCCGCGCGCGCGUCCGCGUCCACCCGAGGGUUCUUGUUUCCUGCACCUGUCACCGCUGGCAUACGAUCUCUCCAAACGAUCAUGGAAGCGAGAAAUAAUGUGUCAGAUGACGGUGCCCAGGACGUGGAGGAUUCCAAAACCGACACCCCACCAGCUACUAUCCCUUCCGUGGAUUCCAGCUUCAAAGUUAGAGAUACAUCAAACUUGAAGAUCUCACCAAGGCAUGACCUUGCCAUGAUCUUUACAUGCAAGGUUUGCGAGACUAGGUCCAUGAAGAUGGCGAGCAAGGAAUCGUACCAGAAAGGAGUGGUGGUCGCUCGUUGUGGUGGCUGCAAUAACCUCCACCUGAUUGCUGAUAGGCUUGGCUGGUUUGGGGAGCCAGGGAGCAUUGAAGACUUCUUAGCUGAACAGGGAGAGGAAGUGAAGAAAGGUUCAACAGAUACUCUCAACUUCACUCUUGAGGACUUGGUUGGCUCUCAGGUUAGUGACAAAGGCCCAUCUGAUCAAAAUUAGGUUGCUCUGCAAUAUGCUAGAAUUGGUUCAAGACAGUUUGAAAAUGUUAUCUUAUAUGGAAGUACACAAUUUUUUUUCACAAUGUCAUCAUGAGUUCUGAAAGGUGGAGUAGUCCAACUUUUUACACUUGUUGGUUAUGAUGUGAUUGCAGUGUACUGGCAUUGCUGAAAGUCAUAACUCACAACCCUAUGGCUAAGUACACAUAUCACACUGAUAAAAUCUAUUGUAGUGGACAGCCCAAUUCUGUACUAGGUUGUGGGUCAGCGUUUCAUGUUCUGUGAUGUUAUUGACAAAACUAGUUAUGGACAUGUUUUCCUCUGAAUAUAUACUAGAUAGCCAUGUUAACUGUCUCACUGAAAGUUGUGAAAUGUUGCUACUGGAAAGAGCUUUAAUCUCACAGUGAACAACUACAAGUAAUCUGAUAUUCGCUUUUAUGGUAGAACUUUACACUGAGGCAACAGUGAACUGGAGAUGUAUUAUAUGAUAUGUGCUCUCAGCUAGUCUGAACUCUGAACUUGGUUGUGCCUCUGUAUGUAUGGCAUUCCUGAAUCCUGAAAGUUGCUUGCUAGUAUUAAAGAAUGUGAUCUCAUCUACUCCUGGGGCAUAACUAGAGAGGUUCUAGUGUACACUGUACUCACGAAGAAAUCAAUGAAUGAAUUUAUGAGCUUCAGCUAUAUGGAUAGACAGAGGGAGCAUUACAGGAUUACCUUUCCUUGAUUCUGGAAGGUCACUAAUCACCAUGCAGAAGAAUUUCAAGUCACUUAUGUCAUAGCCGCUCUUGACCAGUGAAAUGUCAUGGCCGUUCUUGACCAGUGAACCAAACUGUGUUUUAUCAGGCACAGCCUAGUGACACUGUGACAGUAGCUGCGGCAACAGAUGUAGACAUGUUUGAGUAGCUUACACGUUGGAAACCAGAAGGAUUGGAGUCUGUAUGGGCGGCUGAGACCUGAAUUCAGAGCAUUGGCAAUCACAAACUCCUUCCAGAGCUCACUUUGGGUCAGCAAAGGAGGCAGUGCUGUUCUUGUGUUGAGUUGCUACCACAGUCAAAGCGACUGGAAGCAGUGCAGACCGCUGCACAUGAAAGCAUGGGGGUGAGAGUUUGGCUAAUAAAAAUAAUUUUAUUUGUGAAUAAAACUUUUAUAUGCAUAUUCUUAGCUAUCUAAAAGCAAAUGCUGCAAUAUAAACUACGAUGAAAAAUCCUUCAAAUCAACUCCAAUUUAAGAUUAGAAGUUCAAAUAUUUAAGUAUAAGCAGAAGUGAAAAGAUAGGCCUGACGAUGAAUUGGUGAUGAUAUACUUGAUAUUUGUUGUAUCAGGAGCAGCUUUAUUACAUAUUCUUUUUAUUUUGUUAAUACUUUUAAAAUUAUUUACAAAAUUAUUUGAGGAGUCUGAUGCGGGUGGGUUUUUGAGGCAACCCUCUUAAUGCUCUAGCAUAUGGUGUAUUUUGGUUGCCCCCUUGACUUUCGUACUGAAUGAAAAUAUAUUUGAUAGCGAUUUUUUAAAGAAAAAAAAAGUAGGAGAGGACGGUGAAUGGCCUAUUUGCAGGUGGCUCGUCUCUAUCUGAAAAAAGCAUUUGCCUUGGCAUUAAGGGCUUCUUUGAAUCACACAAAUGAAAAAAUAAAUAAAUAGAAAAAACAUAGGAUUCUAACAGGAAUGUGAAUGUAAGUGCAUGAAAAACAUAAGAAUGACUAUUUGAUAGGACCAUAGAAAAAACACAGAAAUUUGAGGAGGAAGA